AUGCAAUAAUCAAUCUCAAAAGAAGAUUUAAAAACUUAUCUAAAAGGUAUUGGACUUCCAACUGAUAUACAAUUAUCAGUUUCAGUUGAAACAUUAUAUCUCCUUACUAAUAAACAAUUCAUUUAUACUUUCUAUUAAAAUACAAAUGCCCAUUUAAAAGAAUUGAAACCAAUUUCACUUGAAUUUGUGGAUAUUUUACACAGACUAUGUGUUCAAAAGAUAGGUGGCCUUUGUUAUGAACAUGAGUUAUUACUUUAUAAUGUUCUUAAGCAUUUAGGAUUUUAAGUGGAAUUAAUUAGAUGCUUUAUUUAAAAAGCAGGACCAUAUAAUCCUAAUUAACCAACUACACACAGCCUAAUGUAUGUUAAGAUAAAUAAAGAAAUCUUUCUAAUUGAUAUUGGAUUUGGUAUUAGAUCUUUGAGAUAUCCCAUAUUGAUUGAUUUCUAAAAUCUAACAAAUUCUUAUGAUCUAUUUCCCUUUGAACAUUUUAGAAUUAUAGAAAACGAAACCCUUUAUUCAUUUUAACAUUUAAUUGAUGGAUCAUGGGUGACUUGUUAUCACUUUUUUAACCCAAUUCAAUUUUAAACCUAAUAGGAUAUUAAACAAGACUGUUAAAAUUAUCUGGCUAGUAAACAAUUUUUGGUUGGAGGAGAUAAUAGAAUUCAAAUAUGUAAAAAUACUGAAUAUGGAAAAAUUCAAUAUUUAUGGUUCAGAAAUGAAUAACAAUUUACAGCAUUCAAGAAAAUUCACAAUUUUGAUAAAGCAACAAAAAUAGAAUUUGCUAAUUAUGAAGAUUUCAAAGUAGAUAUCAAAUAAGAAAUCGGAUUCCUCUUACCAGAAAGGACUUAACUCAGAUGA